UCGGUGGACAAAGUAAGGGCUCGUCUUCCUGCCUUAAGUGCCACACAACGCAAGGGGGGUAAUCGAGAAAACCGUCAGCUGCCGACUGAGAGGCCAACAUUCUACUGUCAGCCUCUCCCCGUGGUCGCGUUCCGAUUUCUUUCGUUUAUGAAGUCUGUGGAGAACCCCUUAGCAAGCGCACUGCGUUUGUAGAGGCGAUCUUUUCUGUCCACCCGGAAAAUUUCCGGAAGCCUUUCCGUUUUCCAGCCUUAGAGUCCUGUAGCUUCCCUCCCGCCCUUGGGAAGCCUGUGCUGCUCAAACAGCUGUAAUUGUUGUCGGGUCCCCCCAAGCUACGCUGUCUUCAACUCUUUUCCCGCAAAAAAGCAGAGCUUCUUAGGCUGCCAUUGCUGUGUAGUCCGUAUCGAAUUGUUUCGGCCGGCCCCCGUCGUGAACUUCACACGCCUUAUCGUGCUUAUUUGUGCGCGAAACGUCGACCUGUAUCCUGCAAAUCACGGGGUGCCUCAGCCAACAUCCGAGGGGGGCCUUUGCCCAGGGUACCAAUCAUUUAUCCCAUCCGCGCGAGUUGUGUUUCUGGGCGUGUGUCCGUUUUUCUGAAACACUGGCUGUUCGAAUUCCAACUGUGCCGCACUCUGCACAUGCGCACAACAGGCGAACUCUCGUCCCAGUUUCUGAUUUCUAUCCCCGUUCUUUCGUCUGCGUGCUCUUGUCCGUUCUCAACCGUCCAUGUUCCACACUGUGUCCGUAUGGCCUCGCGCACUGUCUUUUGCACGGUUUCUGGCAAGCUGAGAUAUCGGGAUUCUUUGACUCGAUGUGAGCCCGUCCUCAGGCGACUCACAGCUCGGCUUCCAGGUGGUCGCUUCCCAGGUUUACCGCAAACUUAAUUGCUGUCGGCGAGCUCAUGCGCGUUGUCUGAAGCUGUAAAGCCCGCUCGUCACGUGAACGCCACACGCCUAGUCCCCCCGCCCAACCCCCCCCCCCCCGCCACCUGCGCCGAAAUCCGAUGGUGGUCUAGCCAUCUGCACGCCUUCUUGUUCCUGUUCCGCUGUCAUCCCGUCUAUAUAGGAAAAGAGGUUCCGCUUCUUCAGAGAACUGCGGAACUGGGGCUGUUGUCAACUGUCAGAGUCCGUCCCGGAGUCGCGCAUUUUCCAGCUCUCUCUGGGAGGCGCCAAAAGACAACAUCCCUCGACUUCCCUUUCCGCAAACUGCGUGUGAGGCUUCUCACUCUUGGUCGCGUCCCCAGCGGUUCACUUCCUGCGCAGCACUUGGCUUCUCCGCGAUUCAAGCAACUUGCGGGCGCCUCAGCGUGUGUCAGCGCCUUCGGCGACCGCCGGGCGCCUCUCCUCGUCAGAAUGCAUGCAGAGGGACAUUCUUCCCGGCAGCUGCCGUCGACUUCUGCCGAGCCGCUGGUCUGGUCGUUCUGCUCUGCACCUCAUGCCCAGGUUCCCUACGCGGCUGGCAGACCGACGGCGCAAGCGGCGUUUCCGUACGGGGCGCAUGCCGCGGUGUCGAGCGACGGGUCCUUCGUUCCCGCCCAGCUCUCCAGCGCCGAUGGCGCCUGCGGGGCUCUCCCAGGUGUCUCUACACCGGGAUACACGGCUUUUGCGUGUUCUGCAAGUGCUCAGGAAGGGGCGCGGAACCUCCGGUGCGACAUGCCGGCUACUCGGUCUGGCGGGGACACUCCGAGUCUGGCUCACGGCGGCUCGUGGCCAGUUCAGGCGCGCGGUCUCUACACUGGAGAGGGCGGGAACUUCUGGCUUCCAGUGAGUCGGCCGGACGCCCAGGCCGCACAGGUCCACGGUCUGUCUCAGGCGGUCCAGCGCUCUGUCCUCGCGAGGGAUACCGCACCGUUCGCGUCGUCGCACGCCUUCUCCGGUCAGAACGCAUUUGCAGAGGGGUCUUCCCAAGUCCAGGCGACCGCGGAAGUCCGGCCCCCGACCAGCGUGUCCAGCUCGGGUGCGGAGGUCCCAACAUUUGCGUUUUCGAGUGACCCAGGGGCCGUGAACCAUUCAGGCGGCUUCCUGCCUGCGCCUCAGAACUUGACAGGCAGUUUCCUGCGUCAGGAGGAGGCCUCGCGCGUUGCGUUCGCAGGCGCGGGGGACGCGGCCUCAACGUGCACGAACCGGUCAAGGGAAACCCUCGGCUCGGGGAGGGCGGCGCCAGGUUCACGCGAUGGUGGAAACGCCGACGCUGUUUCCGAUCAAAACCGAGGAGGCGAGGAGCACUGCCCGCUGCCUUCCUUGGCGUUUGCUGGAACAGCUGCGCGAGACGUGCACUGCGCUUCAGAGCCACCGUCGCUGGCGGAAAGACUCGGGGGAGGAAAAGCCGGCGACGCUGGGGUGUAUGUACACCCCGGGGAGACGAACCGCGGGGCGACCGGCGGCUUCAAGCUUCCGCCUCACGCGCCAGAAACGCCGUUUUCGCAGGCAAUCCCGACAAAGUGUGUCGACGCGAGAGGCUUCAUCACGCACUCCGAGGAGGUGAUGAUCGGCGUCGAAAGGCCGAAUGCGAGUCAGAGGCAGCGGACAAUCCCCGACGCGGCUCAUCAACUAGGUGACCACGCGUCGGGUGUACAUACACCUGGCGCCGUGUUGACGGCGGACCCGCCGAGUUGGCACGGAGGCGCGCCGGUUCCCGCCCCCUUCGUUCACCCAUCCGUGGUGCAGCCUCUCACGGAAAACGGUUUCCACGUGCCUGCGGGAGAGUGGAGUCGCAGCAGACCGCAGGCACAUCGUCGCGAUUCUGGCCUGCACGCUUGCACUGAUUUCGCAAGUCCACCGUGCCCGCACCCGCUCGCAGAGGUGCCUCGUCACGCAACGGACGUCUGUCGCCCGCUUUCGUGGUCCGAGCGGAGAACUGAUGCGCUGCUUGCGAGAACGGAGGAGUGUCCUCCAGAGCUGUCGCCGGCCCCGAAGAAACGCAGACGCAUCAAGAAAGACAAGGUUCCGUCGACGUCUGCCACUCAAACUGGGUCUUUUUCUUCAGCCUCUGACUCCAGAACCCACGAGCCGGCGCCGACCGGGGCAAAGGUCAAACGCAUUCGGCCUGCGACCGCGGCGGCGGGCUCAAACACCCGACAGCUGCAGAUGCACCCACCGGAGGUGCUGUCUUUCUCGCCCUCCGAAGACACCCCGGAGAAGCGGACAAAGGAGAAGCCUCGGUCCCCGGAAGUGGGCCACGAGCGAAUUGGCGACGCGGCGCUUGGCGUGCCCGCACCGCCAGAAGGCCGAAACAGCGUCAACGCCCCGGACGGAGUCGGUGCCUCAAGCUCGCAGGAAAGGUCUGAGUUUAUCACAGAGAGACAGGAGGAAGCUGCAGCCACUCAAUCGUCUGCUGCCACCGCGUCUGUGUCAAUUCAACGCUCCCAGGCGGUCGCUCCUGAGCCCCCGCUCGGCCCUCCGGCGCCUGCUGACAGUUCGCAGCUCCCUUCUGCCUCUUCCGUGUCUCUGCCUACAGCUGCUGCUCUGACCCGUUCCCUCUGUGUCUCGCCUGCCCUCCCAUCAGCGCCUUCUUCUUCUCCGUCCUCCUCAGACCCCAGCGAUCCCAGCCCCAGUUCAAAGGCCGACGGGCCGCAGGCGCUGAGGGACGCCUCUCCUGGCGAAAGCCGCGAGGCAGUCCCUCCUUCCGCCUCGUUGAAUGAGCCACAUGAUCCGCGUGAGCUGCAUGCACAGGCGUCGAGUAUCUCCGCUUCGCUUGAGACUGUGGUGCCGCGGAGCCGGGUGCGCGCGCGGCCGCGGAGUCUCUUCGGCAACUGCAGGCGGCCGGGGAGGCGGCCGCGUCGGCCGGAGAGGGGCGGGGAGCCGGAGAGAGGGGCGAGUCUCGUCAAGACAGUGGAGGGCUCUGGGGCUCCAGGGGUGCCUUGCAGCCGAAGUCCCUCGGUGCAUGCGCGGAGCUCGCCUGCGUGCGUCGUGGUCGGGUACGGCGCCGUGAUGCCCACUCGCGAGGUGGCUGGCAACUCGCUGAUGGGUUUAAUCAACCUUGGGGGCGGGAGUUGCUUUCUGAAUGCGGUUCUGCAGUGUCUAGCGAACUGCCAGCCCCUCCGGGACUUCUACCUGCAGUGGGCGGAGACUCUCCCGCCACGCGAGUUGUUGGGCAGACAGUACGCGGUGUACACGAAGCACCUGGAGCGCCUGGCGCCCUUCUCUCGACGCAGGGUGAAGCGCAGACCCCAGGAGGAGCGCGGCGCCGUCUGCACCUCGAUCAGCUGGGAGCUGGCCACAGUCAUAAACCACAUGUGGAGACAGUCCGGCUCCGUCAAGUUCCUCAAACCCGACGCCCUGUACCAGGCCUGUUGCCGGAUCAUGCCCGACUUCGACCCACACGAGAUGCAAGACAGCGACGAGUUCCUCCGGCUUCUCCUCGACAUUCUUGAUGCGGAACUUCGCGCUGCGGUGCUUCAGUUGCCUCUCGAAGAUGUGUUGCUUCUCCAGAGACGCCCCACCAAGUGGCAGUCAGACGACGGCAGUCCCCAGGUGCCAGGCUCGGAAGCGGCGUCCUCUCGAACCGGCUCAGUGUCAACUCUUGAGACUCCUCCGAUGUCCGACGUGGUUUCCUCCGGCUCAGGUUCGCCUUCCUCCCCUUCAGCUUCGCACGCCGCUUCUCCGGUCUCCUCGCCGCUGCCCAGGUCCUCCACGGCUCUGCAUACAGAAGCUUCUGCCCUCCCGCCCCCUGUAAAAGGGGUCCGCCGCUCGGCCGACGCGGCCCGAGAACGUGCGUCCGCGGCGUCUGCAACUGCAUGCGCGUCUUCCGAAGCUGCAUGCGCGAGUCUCCCGCGGGCGCUGCAGGAGGCGUACCGGGCGCGAGUGAAGCAGGAAGCGACUGUGGACUCAGAAGGUGUGUCUGGGUCUCGGGAGAGCAGGCCGUUGACGAAGGCUGAGGCCGGAACGCUGCCGAAUCCGGAAGAGAAGUCCGCACACAAGCGUGAAGAGAGCACCACGUCCGGAGAGAAGGCCGCGCCGAGGGUGACCAGCAGCACUGUGGACGCAGUGCAGACCUUGUUCUCGCUGGUGUUCGAGGGCGGGGAAGUCGACGAGGUGCGGUGCAGCGCCUGUGGCAGGCGAACGGCGACGCUGGUCCCCUUCAAAAGUCUCGCGGUCGCCAUGACUCAGGAGGCGCAACAGCAGGCGUGCUACUACUCGAGCAUGCGUGCGAAACCUGCGACCUUCUCCUCGGAACUCGUGCCAGUCGACCUCGUCGAGUGUCUAGACAGACACUUUGCAGACGACGCAGACUCCCUCAAGCUGUCGACAGGCGAAGGGUACUUCUGCUGUCGCUGCCAGCGGAAGCAAGACGCAGUGAAACGCUGUUGCCUCGUCAAGGACCACCUGCCCUUCGUUCUCUGUCUCACGCUCAAGCGCUUCGUCCGCGGACACGACACCUACAAAAUCUGGAACCCGGUGCGUUUUGGCGAGUUCCUGGACCUCUCGAAAUACGUCCGCUCAGACGCCUUCCCGGCUCCGACGGGGACUGAGAAGCAGCCAGGGGGCGCUGCGGACCCUGCUGGCGCUGGAGGAGACAUUCGAAGCGGACGGGUCUCCUGGUCCGCCUCUGGAGACAGUGCAGAUGCGAAGAUGGAGCGAGGGGGCGAGGCCGCGAGUGCCUUGGCGCCGGUGGGAACUCCGGGAGGCAAACAAGGGCAAGAAUGUGGCGGAGGUCCCACUGCGAUUCAGGCGAAGGUGGAACAGAAAUCGCAGUGCGAGUUUCCUCGCCUCUCAGGGGGCUUGUCUCUUUGUUCAGAACCUGGCGAGUGGAGCGCGUCACGCUACGCAGCUUCGACCGCUGCCUGGCGGGGCCCGGACGCCCCGGGGGCGGUCGCGGCUUCGCUCCCGCGCGGUGCACUUUCACUCAGCGCCUGCUCCUCGUCUGCAGGUGGAAGGACUUCUACCGGCGAUUCUUCGCAGGCGGACUCCCCGCCGGCUUUCCGAGACCGACAGGCCCCCACCCUGGCGUGCAUGGAAGCAGGCAGACCUGCUGGAGGAGCCGAAGCGAAGGCGUCGAUGGCUGGCUCUCCUGCGAGUGGACUGGAAGGGAUCCGUUCCAGAGACGGGAGAGACACCUGGACCCACAUGUCGGAGUCCUCUGAAGCCGAAUCCGCUAUGAAGAGGGAGAAGAACGAAGGGGAAGCCUCUGGCGACUCCAGGAGCGCGUGCAAGUCCGAUACGCGCGACCCUGAAUCGUCUCUGUAUCGGUAUUGCCUGGUGGCGCUGAUUGAGCACGAGGGACCUGCGACAGACCAGGGGCACUAUGUGUGCUACGUCAAGCACCUCGAAACCGGUCAGUGGUUCAAGGCUGACGACAAACUUAUCACGCUCGUGGAUCUUUCCCAGGUGCUCGCUGCAGCCCCGUACAUGCUCUUCUACGAACGCGUGCGAACCUCGGAGUCGAUGCGGUCGUACCCGUUCUUCGUCAGCGACGAAGCCUCUGUGAGGUCUGAGAAGCAUGAACAAGGAGACACACACGCAGAAGGAGACACUGAGGGCGCGAGCAGCUCGACGUUCGGCCCUGAAAACAGAAAGGCAAGAGCCUGGAGAAGAUGCGACUGGUCGUCCUGGACGCAAAGAGUGAAAGAGAUUUCCGUUCCGAGCGACCUCUUUGCAGAUGACGACAGUGGAGGCCCGAGUUCCUCGUGCACUCGGCAGCCGUCUCCGGAGCGUUCGCCGGGAGACAGCGACACUCGGGGGUUGUCUCCGGCGUCUGCGAUGUCGGGGAGCUCGGGCCGCCGCGCUCGCUCCGAGGCGCCCGGUGGCGUCCCGCCGUCUCUCUUCUCUUCUUCUUGUGCUUCGCAGGCUCUUGCAGCCGCAGGCAAGGCCCCACGAGCGGCCGGCGGGCGAGCGGGCCUGAGAGAGGCCGUUGGCGCCUCGAGUGGGGCUGUGAGGAGCCGAGUCGGGGUGUCGUCGAGUCGCGGAGCUUCUUGCACCUCUGCGUCUGGAGCCGCGGCGCCAGAGGGCCACGGUAGCUUCAGUCCAGAGGCCGCAUGCAGGGCGAGAGAUCUUUCAGGGGAGUCGGAAGGAGGCUCGACUGUCGCCGAGGUGGCUGCGGCCCAGCGAGAGCCAACCUUCGCGCCGACACCGACUUCGCCGCAGGGCUCCACGGAGCCUGCGAGCCGCGGCCGCCCGGAGACACAGAGACCCUCGGAGAAGGCGUUUCCUCGCCGUGUGGGGCUCCUGGAGCCGGAGCAUGUGUCGACGCUCCCUCCGGCAAGCGAAGCCGCCCCGUUCGGCUCUGCAGGCUCCAUACGCGUCCUCUCUGGAGGCGAGACGGAAGCGAAAGUGAGGAGUCUCUCUCAGAUGGAGAGAACCGAGAGAAAGCGAGGCGCCGUCGAGGCGCCCCCAAGAAGAAGGGCCAGUGUCGAGGGCGGGGGCAUGGGGCUCACGGCUGCAGACCGCGAGGUUCGGAGACAGGUGGAGGCGUCUCUUCUUACAGAAGCGGUGAACUACCAGAUAGAAAAGGGUAGGGAAUCUUCAAGAGGCAAGGCGCCUUCCCCAACUUGCGAGAGCGCCGCUGGCGCUGGAACAGAUGGAAAGGUUGCUGAAGUGAAAUCGUUCCUUCCUAGAGAAAAAUCGGUUUUCCUAGGGGAAGGCAGCGAGGAGGAGGCGAAGCGAUCGGGGUCUUUCCAGAAGAACGAGAAGGACACGGACACUGCAUGCAUCACCUCUGUGAAAGGAGUGGCUGCUGUCGACCCCUGUGGGGGUGUUUGUCCUGUUUCAAAACCUGAUGUCUCUCAGAAGGCCUUUUCGGAGACAAGCGAGCCGCCCGACCGCCAGAGUGGGUUGGGCUCGACCGCGAGCAAGGCCUUCGCAGCCACGCCUCAGAGACCCUCUGAGGUGUCUCUUCCAGCCCCAGACUCGGGCGCUGGCGUCGCUGUUUCGCCGCCUCUCUGGACGGGAGCACAGCCGAGUUCGUGUGCGGUCUCCGGCUUUGCUGUGAGUGCCUCGAAGCCCGAAAACGCUGUCCCCAUCUCGACACCGGGGUGGCAUGUGCUCCACGCCUCUACGAGCUUUCCACAAGGCCCUCCUGCGUUCCAAGGAGACAGUUAUCUCCGAGAAGGUUUCGCCCCCGCGGCUAGACUCCCCGGCGGUUCCUCAGUCUCCAGCUCAGGUGGAAAUCCAGUGGACUCACCUCACGUGACUCAUGGAGGGCCACCGUUAGGAGACAGCUGGAAGGUCCAACCUGGGGCUCACCCUCCGCAUGUUGUGUGGGGUUCGCAGGGUAUCCCAGAAUCACGCUUGCAUGCGUACCCGCGGGCAGACGGCUCCCAACAAGGCUUCGCGGUUCAGGUGGCGGCCGACCUUCAGAGUGCGCAAACGCCAGGAUUCUCCACGCAGUGGUUGCAGGAGACUACGCGAAGCGCCGAAGAAACAGUCCGGACAGGCACCGGGGCACCUCCGACAGCGGGGACGCCCUUGGCUGUAAAGGGCGGAGGUCCCCAAGUCUCUCUGGACUCACGAGAGGGACAAGGCCGACGGCGAGAGGGUUCAGGGCCUCCCGCGGAGACAGGUGCGCCUGUGUGGCCUGUGGGGGAGAGGCCGGUGGACGGCGGUACUGCGGGUGCCACCUGGAAGCAGGCGACCGAAAUCGAAGGUCUUUCUGCAAAGCCGCAAGUUGCUUCAGCUCGACCGGAAGAAAACAUAGGACCUGGAGGAGUCGACAUAGCUCCUGCGUCUUCAGUCGCUUCUCACGCGGACCCAGUUGCUCCGAGUUCCGGAGUAGAUUCAGCGUCUGCGCCAGAAGACGCUCAGGCUGCCGCGAAGGCUGCGGCCGCAGAGAAAGCUGCUAAAAGACGGCGACGCGCGCGCCAACUCCAACAACAAAAUCGAAGGCUGAAGAAUGCAGAAGCUGCGGAAGUGGAAGCUGCAGCGGCGCAUGCUGCACUGCCUUCUGUUGGAGGUGGAAGGGAGCCUGUGGCACAUGCAGCGGAGAUGGGACUCGCGGCCUCGGAGGCUGCGAGAGGGGGGAUUUCUACGACCGCGCCAGGGUCGGGGAUUUUUCCUCAGCAGCAGACGCAGGCUGGACAGGCGUACGUGGGCGUCGUCCCUUACCCGGGAGCAGCAGGUAGAGAAGUCCCGCACGGACAUCCUGGAGUGGCGUUUUCAGAAGGAUUUGCUGUGACUCCUGCAUGCGCGCCAUUACCGCAGGGCCUACCAGGACAGGGCUACAGGGCCGGUGGCCAGCAGCUGGGGACUUCGACGCUGUACACUUGGUCCGGGGCCCCUGGGAAGUUGUACGGACAGGGCACUAGUCACGUCAGUAGCCCGUCUCUGCCCCAGCUGCAGUCGCAUGCAGUCCAGUGGAAUGCGUCCUUCUCGGUUGCUGCAGCGGCUCUUCAAGAGGCUGCUGCAGCCGCCGCGACAGACGCCGGAGCGCAGGGUGAAGCUGCGAAGCCGGUCGCUGCACCGACCCCUCCGAGGCGUCGCAAGAAGAACGGAUCUGCUCCGGAAACGGCAGGCGCAGCUCGCGUCGAAGGUUUGUCGGUGUCCAUACAGGGCGGUGUCUCGCAGCCGGUGGGGGGCUGGAAUCCCUCGCAGCAUUUGCCUCAAGGGCCGCUGCUGUCGGGCACCGCGCUCGGCCCGAACCCCACCGUGUCCAGAAGCGAGGUCGAUCACGGCCGUGGUGCUGUCGGCAAUUUCCAGGCUCCUAGCCAGCCUGGAAUGUCGGACUAUCUGGGGGUUCACAUGCAAGUGCUGGGUGCUAGCGGCGCUUCUGGGGCGGGAGACUGCCGUGCAGUCUUCGCCUCGCAAGUGCCUUGCGCUGGAACCAGCUCGGGACCGAGGUCGGGAGAGCCGCAGUUCCCUGGGGCGUGUGGAGGCGCAGCGACUUCGGCGUCGUUCUACGGAAGCGACGGGGCCUUCUCGAGCUCGGCGCCGGUCAUGGGGCACUUGCCGUCGGUCGCCGGCCCCCAGGGGUUUUUGCCUUCUGCCACGGCGGAGCAGGCGAGAGCGCCUGUGCCCUGCGGUGAAUCAGUGCAGCCUCCGAAGAAACCGCCUCGGAAAAGGCCGCCUGCGAACAAGGCGGUGCAGCCCCAGGCGCAAACAGAGAUCGCUCUUUCGGCCUCGCAGCCGAGUGCAUGCGCCGGCACCUUGGGCGAGAAACACAGCGAGUUCUCCACGCCCCACGGGCACCUGCGACAGGACGGAUUCGAAAGCUCUUCGAACUCCGUGGGGACUUCGUGGGCGCUUCAGACGACUCCGGACAGUGCCGCGGGACGGCCGCGAGAAAUGCAACGUCAGGGCGUUUCAAAACCCCACGGUCUGGCAAGCGCGCCUCCGAGCCUCCCGCAAACCUGCGCGGUGCCCAUGGGCUACAAAAGUGGGCCUUUUCCGCAGCCGUCCCUGCACGCGCUUCCAGCGGCAGUAACUGGCGGGACCCAGGGGUUUACGGGUGGUGUAUGUACACAUUGUGGGAGACCGGCGACUGCGACGGAGCAGGGCUUUCAGCCUUCCUGUUCGUGCGCCACGAGGUUUUUCUCAGCUUCCCGAGAAGGGUUCGCUGCCCAGAGCGGGGUGACCACCGCAGGCGCCACAUGGCCCAGCCACGUUUUUCCUGGCGAGAGAAAUCCUUCCGGGGAUCUACUACCGCAGGCGCGCCCCGCGCAUGCAGCCAUUGGCGAAGAACGUGUCUUACCCCAGCCCGCGUUCGUCGGGACUGUGGAUUCGAACCAACAACUCCAGCUGAACUACCCCAGCACUCAGUACGGGUGGCCGGCGUCCGCAGGGCGAGGCACAAACCCCAGUGCUUCAGGGUUUGUCGCGUCUCACUUCCCCGCGCAGCCAAGUCCGAGAGGAGCGGAGCGACAGGGGCCAGGCGCCCCGGCUGCGGCUGUCCCAGCACACCAGCUGGGUGUGGCCUGGGGGACACAGGCGCGAGCGCCGGCUGUCCAGUGCAUGCAGAGUUCGUCGAGUGGUCGCGCUGGGGGCGUCUCUGCAGAAGCGAAGAAGCGAAGCAGGAAGAAGAAGCCGAGCGCGCAAGACGCGAGCGUUAUGAAGAGCAGCCAGCAGCCUGGGGAAGUCGCCAGCGACGCAGGCGUCGCAGCGACCGUGGAGGCGGCGCGUCUCAACCCAGCGUCUCAGGCUCACGACAUAGCGUUUCAGGAGUGCUCACCGGCAGCGCCUCGCGCCAAGAGUCGCGCCACCAAAAGCGUGGACAAACCAGAACCUUCGGUGUCGAGUGAGAGGCUGACGGGGACGCCUGAGGCGAUUGCGCGCGUAUUCACUGACGAACACAGUUUGCAAGGAAUGCCCGCUACGCAGCUCGUGCAAGCCUCCGGUUCGCAUGCGCCUUGCCCCAGGCAGACUCACCAGUACUAUCCUGGGGACCUGAUGAGCAAGGGGCAUGGAGAUCGGCGAGACCACACCUCAGCGACAGACCAGUCGUGGGCAGGCGGAACUUUUCGAGGGUUCCAGAACCACGUCGAACCCGUCUCGCCGGUCAAAGCGACGAGUGCUCAAGAGUCUUUUGUGCGCGGGCAACAGACAGAAGGGCAAAGCUACGCUUGGGGCUGGACGGGAGCGAGCGUUGGAGGCACUUCUUGUCAUCAGACCAACUUCCAUGGCGCUGCUCAACCAGCCAUGGUUCAAGCUUUUGGGUCUACCGCCGUCUCUCAAGUGUUGCCCUCCACAGUUCCAGGCAGCCGGGACGGCCGGGGGCACUUUGAGAAUAACGGGCUCCAGACGCGGCCGGCGAUGGGCGUUCCUUUACCAAAUUCAGAAAGUGUGUAUCAUCACGGAGGGGUGGCAGUUACCCAUUUACCUGCCUCUGGCGAGGCGCUUUUGCAGCAACAACAACAGCACGCCGUCUACGCGGGUUCCACAGUUCCCAAAACCCAGAACGUUUUUCAAGAAGACGCGCGGCAGUACUCCACGGGAAUGUCAAUAUCGGGACCUGCGUUUUCUCACGGUCUUCGCGCGGUUCAGUCAAUGCCAACUGUGAACUACAACAAAGUGCCUGAAGCAGGUAGGCUCGGCGCACCGGCACCGGCGAAUCAUCCAGAGGGAGCUGCUGCUGGCAUGAUUUGCGUAUCGGCACCAUCCCAUGUAGGAAUGGACGCCCAGCAUUUCCCUCCGGGGGUCGUUUCAGCCGGUGGUUUCUACCAAGCCGGGUAUAAAAGUUCUCAGAGAUUUUUCGUGGACGGCGCUGGUGAACCAAUGCGGACCCGACCACCGUAAGCCGGUCGGGUGUCUAGACACCGAAGGCGUGGACGCGCCAACUUUUCGGUAGCGGACCUAGAAUGUGUGAUGCGUGCUGCAGGUAGUGGUUUGUUUGUCCGACGUCCGCAUUUUCAUUCAGCCUAUAACACCGGUUUAAGCCUUGACACAGAAUCUGCGCAGAGCAGCUCUCUGGGGCGCUGAACAGAGCAUAACUUUGUUCGACGUUCUCGGCCUCUCGACACGAUUUGGACGCUGAUCUCGGGUGUCCUUGUAAAGGGAUUCCCUGGCGACGGUGGCAUGUAUCAUGAAACGUAGUUCGAGAUUCGACGCCAGGGAAAAAAAAGCUUACUGGAUGUUUCAGUUUCGACAAGCAUAUUCACAGAACGAAGCAGCUCGAAGAGUGGCAGAACAAGUCAGC